CACCUUACGUCCCCUUCCCUGGUGUUGCAUCCCAAAAUUUACUCUCAAUUUCCACGUCAGCAAUUCUCGUAAAUAUGUGCUUAAACCUCUUGGAGUGUACUUAGAAAUAUUCAGUGACCUAAAUUAAACUGAAGAAGCACCAGGAGAAGGCAGUAUUAAGUUUGAUUACAGUACGGGAGAGUAAAAUAAUAACGGUGGAAAUCAGUGAGAGGGAGAGGUGUGGGUGGUAGUGGUCGGGGCCGCGGCUGGGCUCAGUCAGUCCUUCCUCCGCUCUCUUGCCUGUCUUCCGCUAUGGAUUUUACGUGAGUAGUCUGUGUGUUGGCAGAAGAUUCCAUAAUCAUCUCUGGCUACUAACAUGAGAAGCAGUUACUACAACCUGAAGCAGAAAAACAGCAUUAUAUAAAUAUUACACAUAAUGACAUAAAAGUUGGAUAUUGGUACACAAAAAAACAUUAAGUGAAAAUGGAUGAAAUGCCAAUCUUACAUCCUCAAGAUGAUUCAAUAAUUUUACCAUUACAAAAAAGUAUGCCAGUACUAGAACCUGAAUUUUUAUCACAUGGUAAAGGAAUAUUGCCAAUUUUGAAAGAAUUUAAGGAGCCAUUAGAAGAAAAUCUGAUGCCUUUAUGUAAUGACAGAAAGCAAAAUGUUAAAAAAAGGCCAAUAUCCAAAACCAAAGAUGAAGUUGAAAUGAUUCCUUGUACUCAAUAUGUUCAACACCUUGCAUCUCGCUUAGAAGAUAAUGAACAAAAUACAAUUUCACAUGAAAAGCAGGAAGUUGAAACAAUGGCACCCCUGAAGAAAAUCAAACUAACUGAAGACUCUGUUAGUAAUGAUAGUGACGAGGUCAUGUGGAAGCUCUCAAGAUGUCAGAAACAUGGUUUGCCAUUUGUUUUACAGAAACAUAUGAAGUGGUUCAAAGUACUGCUGUUGAAUCGUUUUCAAACACAAGGCACAAAUUCUAGUUUCAACGAGACAUUUGCUGAUUAUAUGCGGUUGGUGAAAGUUGAGGCAAGUGUUGCCAGAAUAUUCAACAGUCAUAAAAAGGAACCUGACCUAGGCUUUACUACUGAAUAUCUUUUUUCGCAUACGGUUGGGAGCUAUGUAGCUGAUGUUUCCCAGUUACAAGACUUGCUUAAAAGAAGUCCUCUCUUUUAUAAUUCCACCAAUGGAUUGUGGAAGAAGCAGUUUAAUAAUGGAAGCAGCAGUUUCAAAAACCAGGAAUUUCAUUGGCAAGGAAUUAUGUGCAUGCGACAGGUAUGGUCUGUCUCAGGAUCCUCCGCAGCUUCUCAUGCUGGCCAAGUUGCAUGCUUAGAAGCUAUAAUAAGAAAAUCAGUUAUGACUAGUCUUCAAAUAGUAAAAGAACUCAGUUGUGCUAUGCACAUCCCAUGGUGUAAAGAAAUUUUGGAUGCUGUUAAAAGUGUGCUGGCAUUAUCGCAAUCAUUUUCCAUACAUGAAAAUGAAAAAGAUGUUGAAAAUAAUAACAAACAAACAUCUACUAAGGGAAGUAAAACAUUUUGUACAUCUUCAGUGAGUUCCACGAAGGAAUUUGGUGGCAUAUUACAAAAAUAUUUAAAAAAAGAAAGAAGAAAAGAAAUGUUAGCAGAAUGCAAGGAUUCUGCAAACUCACUGUAUUCAGGAAUACAAGGAUUCCCUGAUUUAACUUCAACCCUUCAAACUACAGCAUUGCCACCACUCACAGACCAUAUAAAUCAAAGCGAACCUGUGAAAGAGAUGAAAUUCAACAAGAAAAGUAGAACACCUAUGGCUAAAAAGAAGAAAACUCCACAAGUAAUUUUCCGUCGUGGCAUAAAUCUUGAUGCAAAUCAUGAACAGUACUUGGUACCUCUUCAGCAGGGUUGGGUUCGAGAAAUUGUAUACCGUGCUGUUUCUGAAACGUCAAGAAGUGAUAUUUACUAUCAUCCACCCAGUGGCAAGAAGCUUCGAUCUCGUGUGGAUGUCAAUAAAUACUUGGAAAAGGAAAAUGUGCAGGACCUUACUGUAGCCAACUUCACUUUCCGACCACUUACCCUUGGAUUUGGUCCUCCCCAUGAAAUUUGUCGUAAUGCUAAGUUUGGUAUUACAUUUUUUGGAAAGACACAUUCAAAUAGAGAGAAUGAAUCCAAAACUGAGGACAUGAAUAUAGCGAGUUCUACUGCAAGUACUAAGUCAUCUAAUCUUAACAAAAUAAGAAUAACAAGUCCUUCGACAGCUAUCAAGUCAAGUAGCUUGAAACCAAAGAAAAUAGUGAGUUCUCCCACAGCUUUCAAGUCAACCAACCUACUAUCAGGAGAUGGCAGGAGCAAGCACACUUUAAAAGAAAAUGGUGGGUUUGAGGUCACUAAUGAGGUUGGCGAAACCACGGGAUAUGAAGAUUGGAUUCCACGGGGAAAUGUGUUGAGAAAUAUGCAUCAUGGAAAGAUAAGUGUUACUGUUACAGAUAACAGAAAUAAGACUCCUUUGAUGAGUAAUAGUGAGAAAAGUCUAUUGUCAGAAAAGGAGAUCAUGGAUGAACUUUGUAAAGAAAAACAGAUUAGUGAUUUUGAAUUUGAAAUGGCAACGAAAGAACUUGAAUGUCAAUUACAAAAUAAGGGUAAAUUAAAAAUGAAGAUUAUAAAAAAGACAAAGAAAUGUGCAAUAUAUACAAACCCAAAGAAAGCAAAGGCCAAAUCUGUGAGUUAUAAUUCUAGUCUUAGAAGUAAAAAUUUUAGAUGCAGUAAGCCUGAUAGGUUUAUAAACCAAAAAAAAAAUGAAUUUAAAAAUGUAAUUAGUAAGGAACCAAGUUGUAACGUAUCCCCUGUUACUCCAGUGUGUGAAACUGACCAGCAAUGUUUGUCUCAUAAACAGUCAGAAUAUAACGGAGAAAUACUUGGUUUGGAACUAAAUACCACUCAGUCCCAGAUAUGUAAUAAUGAAAUAAGUAACACUCAGUCUGAGGUAUGUAAUAUAGAAAGAAAAAACUUACAGUCCCAGAUAUUUUAUUCUGAUAUUAUAAAUUCUGAAUAUUAUGGAGAAACACUUGGUUUGGCAUUAAAUACCACUCAGUCCCAAGUGUGUAAUCAUGAAAUAAGCAACACUCAGUCUGAGGUAUGCAAAUCUGAUAGCUUAUCUCAUGAGUACACCUUGGAUUUUCAUGAAAAUAUAAUCAUAAAGUCAGAGGAAAAUUUAUAUGAUGCAUGCAAUUUUAAGCAAGAAUUACACUCAGUUUCUGAGAACCAUAAUAGUGAAAGCAUUUUUGUAAAACCGUCAAUUAUGUAUCCUAUAGAUAUAAAAUGUGAACCAUUAUGUAAUACUCCUUUUGAGAAUAAUGAUGGAGUUGAUUUAAAUAUGCUUAAACUUACCCCUGAGGAGAGUUUAAGUUUUUCUUCAGAUAGAGUAAAUAAUUAUGAGGAAAGUGAAAUCAAUUUUUUAGAUUCUAAUUCUCAUGAAGAGGAUAUUACAGAAACUUUACAGGACACAAGUCUUCCUGUAAUAUCACAAAUUCAGAGUGGGAAGGAAGUUGAGGAACUUUUUGAAGAACCUCUUAGACUCUGGAAUACACCACCAUUUGCAAAUUCAAUGAAACCUCCUGAGACAAUUGAAACAACUGUUCACCAACCAGUUACCUUUCAGUCCAGUAACAGCAGUCCAUCAACCAACACCACACCAUUACAGUGUGGGGUAACAUCUCUUGCUCAAGAAAGUCCAGUGGCUGAGGAUGCUCUUCAAAGAAAGUUGCAAAAAAAUACACAGGAGUGUUUAUCCAGAAGUGCAGAUAAAUAUUGUAGUUCUAUAGUAGGAAUAAAGAAUAAAAUAUUUGGAAUAGAAAGCAAUGUGGCAGUAGUCCAGGAAGGCGCAUCAAACCGUGAAUCACACAGGACCUUUAGAAAACUAACUAAUGACAAAAGACCUAAAAGAAAUAGAGGAGAAAUUCAUAUUCCUCAAAACCAGGAAAUUAUGUUGCCUGAAAAAGUUUCUAAUUUAACAUCAAAAUUGAGUGGAUCAGUUGAACAAGAAAACAGGAUGUCACAACCAACCUUACAUAGUCAGGCAUCAACAAGUAAACAAGUAAACUUGCCAGUACAGCAGGGACAAAUACAACCCCAUCAUAUAUCAACUGGUCAAGUAAAAAAUACACUGAGAACAUUUAGGAAGUUGAAUAGGAGUAAACCUGCGACGAGUCCUUUAGGUAGUAAGACGAGUGUUGUACCAUUACAUGAAAGUAAUAUAAAAUCUCAGCCGCCUUCAUUGAGUGGGCAAAUUAAUAUCUCCCUUAGGAAAUUCAGAAUUUUGCCAAAGAAUAAAUUUUUAGCAUUAACAAAAAGAAGUAUAGAACAAGCAAAUAACUCAUCACAGGAGAAAGAGCUACCAACCCAACCAUCAAAAUCCAGUGAACACGUUAUUAACUUUGGAUCACAGAAAAAAAACUUGCUUAGCCAACCAACAUCAUCAGAUAAACAAGUAUUUAAUUUAGCAUCACAGCAGAAAGACAUGGUGACUGUUCCAUUAACCCAAAGUAGACAAAUUCAGAAUUUAACGUCUCCGAAGAAUAACACAGCACAACUAUCAACAUCUAAUGAUCAAGUAGUUAACUUUACAUCUCAACAUAGAAAUGUGGCCAAACUAUCAACAUCAAACGAACAAGUAAUUAACUCGGUAUCGCAGCAGGAAAACAUUCCAACCCAACUGUCUCCAUCAAUUAGACAAAGUUAUUCAGCAUCACAGAAAAGUUUACCAACCCAACUGUCAACUUCAAAUGAUCCACUAAUUAGCUCAGUUUCAAAGAAGAUGCGCGUGGAAGUUCAACCAUCAUGUGAAGAAAUUAAUGCUCCACAAACACAUACAAAAAUUACACCAACCCAUCAAUCGUCAUCAAAAGGACAAGUAUGUACCACAGCAACUCGGCAACUGGAGAGCAUACAACCUCAAACGUCAAGUAAAAAAGUGCUUAAUGUAACAUUUGUGUCAACAUCAGUUGAAAAAAUUAAAAAACUAAUAUUUCAGAGUGAAAGCUUACCAGUUCACCUAGAUAAUGGACAAACAAUUUAACAUUGGAUCAGAUCAAUGGAUAACCAUUUUAUUUAGCAUCACACAUGAUGAACAUGACAAACCAACCAUUAAGUUCAAGUGGACAAAUACCGCACUAAAAACACACAGUACUGUAUUAAGACCAAAAAGAAACCGCCUAGAACAAGUCAUUGUAACAACAUAGAAACUCAAGCUCAAUCAUAGGCAUCAGGGGUACUAAAUAAUUUAAUAUCACAGUAGCAAAUGUCGGCAUUAAAUGGACAAAUACUUGAGUUGUCAUCCAGAACAAUAUAGAAUAAAACGCUGCCCAGCCGUCAACAUAGUGAACAUGUCUGUAACUUGACAUCGUAGCUGAGAAAUAUAAAGAAGCACUUUAUUUAGUUUUUCUGGGAAGCUCCCUCAGUAGCUCUUCGAGUCAAGCUCUGGUCCAGCCAGACCUUGAAAAGAUGAACAGGCUUUUGAGACCUAUCCUUGCCUACCAGAAUUCUGACUCUGACACCACACUCUUCAAGGUAAGAGAGUUCGGGAAAACCUAAAACCAAAAAAAGAAAAUAUCGGAAAGAAUAAGUGCAACAAAAUGUCAACUGCUUGAAAAAAAUUAGGAACCUGCAGAUACAGUAA